CAUCACGGUUUCGCCUAAUCGCCCACAAAAAAUUACAUCUCUCCCUCUCAUUCACUCACGAACAGUUCAAAGUUCAGCAAAUUCUGAGCCACAAAUCCGAGCUGAACUUGUUUUAAUUCUUCUCUUUUAAAGGAGAUCGCUAUUCAUGGAGAUUAAUACUGCAAGGUUUUGCCUUGACAAACUAUGGUGUUUUCCACGUAAUUUAACGACAUCGGAUUUCGAAAAUUUCCAGAAAAUUUCUCGUCAUGUUUCCCCCUGGAUUCCGAGAACGAAUUACCGAAAUUUAGUUCAAUCUUAUCGGGCGUCUACAUGCAAAUAUCGGAAUCGGAUGAAAGCAUAUUCCAUGGCGUUUAGUGUGGAAGAAUCUCCACCUUUAAAUUCUGAGCAAUUUUCUAGUUAUGAAUAUAAUGAGGAAGAUUCUGAGGAGUCGCGGGAGAAGAUUCUAUCACAGCCGUUGAGCCGUGAAGAGUUAAGGUCUCUAUUGACUGAUUCCGAAAGGCAAAAGCUUGUUAAGAAGUUAAGCGAAGCCAAUCAACAAAACCGGUAUCUCAAACGACAGCUCUAUGUGAGAGAGGAUGCAUUGGUCAGCUUCAAAAGAGAACUUGCUGUCUUGGACCUCGAAAUUCAGGCUUUAAUCUCCUUGGCGGAAGAAAUAGCUCAAUUGAGCAUUCCAGAAGGUUCUAGAAGGAUCAAUGGGAAGUUCAUUCAAUCUCACCUACUUUCGCGGUUAGAAGCUGUACAUGAGAAAGUGAAGCAACAGAUAAAGGAUGUUGAUGCUGCAGAAUCCAAGGAAGUCCCGUUAUUUUGGUGUGGCAUGGCAGAGAGUGUUCAAGUAAUGGGCACCUUUGAUGGCUGGAGUCAAGGGGAACACUUAUCUCCAGAGUAUGAUGGUUCUUUAACGAGGUUCUGUACUACAUUAAUGCUUAGACCUGGAAGGUAUGAAAUCAAGUUCCUGGUUGACGGGGAGUGGCAGCUAUCACCAGAAUUUCCAACAGUUGGUGAAGGAUUAAUGAAGAAUAAUUUACUAAUUGUGGAGUAGCUCCAGUGCUGCGGUUCAAGUCAUAAUUGUAUUACAGAGCAAUCGGUAUGUCCAGUGUGAGCUUCUUUCACGUAAAUCUAUUCCUUUCCAAUUUUGUUUUCUGCUUAAUGUUUGUAAGUAGCAACCAUAUAUACAUCUUACCUUAUUCUGUAUUAUAAUUUUUUUUUGUGGUUUCUACUACCUAGGUUGCAAAAAUAGACAGCAUUUCCAUUAUGGUAUCCAUGUGUGUUCUAAUUUUA